AUGGACGUGUGCGUGCCGCCGCCGGCGAGGCCGGGAUGCGAGUGCGCGGUGUGUGUGCCAAAGGGUGUUGAAGAGGGCGCGUACGAUGGCUCGCUGAAGGGGCCGGUGAGCCCGUUUCAGCCGUACAAGCUCGUCAAAGUCGAAUUGGACGGCACGAGACGACCGUUGACCGCGGCGGAACUGAACGCGAUGGAGAAGACGCACCCGCAUUUGUGCGAGUGGACGACGCCGCUGAACCAAGGUAGGAGGAUGUGGCAGAAGACGUGCCUGGGCGUCCUGAAGAAGUUGUUCAUGAUGAAAAAGCAAGUGUGGCCGUUUACCGAACCAGUGGACGCGGUGGCGCUGAACAUUCCGGACUACCCGGUGAUCAUCAAGCAUCCCAUGGAUCUUAAGACGAUCGAGGGUAAGCUGCUCGACGGCCACAUUGAGAGUCCGGACGAGUUUGUCGCCCUCGUGCGCACGGUUUUCAGGAACGCGUACGUCUACAACAAGAAGGGCGAUCCCAGCGGCGUGCGAGAGUGCGCGGAAAAGUUGUCCCAGGCGUUCGAGAAGGAACUAACGAAACUGUAA